AUGUCAAACGUCGAAUAUCGAACGGUCAUAAAGUUUUUUACUCGAAAAGGACUGAACGCUACCGAAAUUACCAAGGAACUGAAAGAGGUUUAUAACGACUCGUCUCCAGCGUAUCGUACUGUUGCAAAAUGGGUGGCUGAAUUUAAAGAUGAUCCAACCCGCGACUUUGAAGACGCGUCACGAAGUGGCCGUCCAUCGACUACAACCACCGAUGAAAAUAUCAAAGCCGUGGAAGAUAUUGUGAUGCGUGAUCGACAAAUUUCCGUUCGGCGUGUAGCUGAUGAAUUGAACAUUCCAAAAACCAUCGUUCACGAAAUUAUUAGCAAUCAUUUAGGUAUGCGCAAGGUUUGCAUUCGUUGGGUGCCGAAAUUCUUGACCCCGCUUCGACGUAUUAACCGAGUGGAGUGUUGCCAGGAGCUACUACGGGCAUGUGAGCGGGAUUCGGCCAAAUUUCUCAGCCGUAUCGUAACCGGGGAUGAAACGUGGGUGCAUCACUAUGAUCCACUUAGCCGCCAAGAAGCUAUGGUCUGGAAGAAAUCAGGGGAAGGAACACCAAGUCAAGUGAGCCGACAGCGAACCGCAGGCAAGGUCAUGCUUGUUGUUUUCUGGGACGAAGAAGGUGUGCUGCUUACCGAUUACCUGACCCGUGGGGAGACGAUCAAUGGUGCUUAA